AUGGAGCGGCAAAAGACCAAGAAGACCAAGAGUACUGAUCGGGGCGAGGUCCCACUAUCAAGCGAUCAAAUUGCUGCACUGGCAAAGGAAUGCAUACCAUCAUGGAUAGAAAGUGGGAGAAUUCCGAAACCGCCUGUUGAGCUUUCAGACGAAGUGUAUGCUCCAAGCAUACCGUCAAGAGGCCACCAAUUCUAUAUGGUGUGCGGAAAGCACAAGAAAUUCACUAGUUUAACAGGUUAUGUACAGGCUAGCCAUGAGGAAUUCGCGGAGAGAUGGGAGAUACAGGUUUUGGAGCGACAAGUGGUGCUCCGUGAGCGCUAUCUGGCGGCUAAUCCCCAAAUGCAAUUCAAACAGCUGGAACGCAUGGAUCAAGCAGGACCGUCUGCUCAAGGGGCUUCAACAUCGUUUCCAUCGGUGUGA